UUUGGAAACCACUCAAGUCUCAGUCCACCACAUAACAACUUCACCAUAUUGAGUAACCGCUUCGUUACUCUCGUCUCCCUCUAUAAAUUCGCUCAUUCGCUUCACAUUCUCUCCGAUUCCGACUCUCCGGAACACAACGGACUGAAACUGACGAUGGGCAAGAACAAGAAGAACAACGAGAACAACGAUAGCAAGGCAGAUGAGGAGACCAAGAGAGGAAAUGGUGAUAAGAAUCCCAUAACUGUAGUGCUCAAGGUGGACAUGCACUGCGAUGGUUGUGCCGUCAAAAUCACCAAGUGCGCCCGUGGAUUUGAAGGUGUUGAGACGGUGAAAGCAGAGGCCGAUUCGAACAAACUCACUGUGGUAGGAAAAGUGGAUCCGUCGAAGAUCCGCGAGAAGCUGGAGCAGAAGACCAAGAAGAAGGUGGACCUCAUCUCUCCACAACCCAAGAAAGACAACAACAAAGAUAAUGACAACAAGGAGAACAACAACAACAAAGAACCCAAAAAGGAAGAAAAGAAACCCGACGACAAGAAGAAAGCAGAGAAUGAGAAAAAACCCAAACAGGCUCCGGAGACGACGGCGGUGUUGAAGGUGACGCUGCACUGCCAGGGAUGCAUCGACAAGAUUCGCAGGACAGUUACGAAGACCAAAGGCGUGAAAGAGAUGUCCAUGGACAAGCAGAAAGAUCUGGUGACAGUCAAAGGGACCAUGGACGUGAAGGCACUGACACAGAAUUUGAAGGAGAAAUUGAAGAAGCCAGUUGAAAUUGUUCCCCCUAAGAAGGAAGAGAAGAAAGACGGCAACGGGGGUGAUGAACAUAACGGCGGCAACAGCAAUGGUGGUGGUGGUGGAAAGAAGAAGAAAGGCGGCGGAAACAGUGGUCAAGGAGAGGAGGAAACUGGCGGCGGCCCUAAAAUGGAAGGGAACAAAAUAGAGUACGUGAUGCAACCUGGGUUUGCAUUCGGGUAUGGAUAUGGGUAUGAAAACCCGACUUACCCGGUUCACUUGCACGCACCUUACCCGGUUCACUUGCCCGCGCCUCAGAUGUUCAGUGAUGAGAACCCAAACGCUUGCUCCGUCAUGUGAAGAAGGGGUAGGUUGUUAUGAAUUGGAGAAUGUAAAUAAUAAAGACUUGUCACUACCUAACAGGGAAGGGAAAUUUUGGUUGUUGAAUGGGGACCCGAAUCCGAUUCUGUAUCUGGAUGUUUUUGUUUUCAUUUAAGAUAAAUAGCUCUAGUUUGUUUGUUGAGACUGAAAGGGCCCUAUUCAUUAUCCAGAUCAGAGAUUGGUAGCGACCAUUAAUGCCUGGAAAAAGUGUCCUUGGACCUUCUCUGGA